AUGAAGACGAACUUAAGCCAGCCUUUACGAAGCCUUGAAUGGAUGUAUUUAGGGCUUUCAAGAUCGUUAAUUCAGUAUAAUAACGGUAACGGGGAUUACUUACAGACUUUGAUUGACCGCUGUGGAAAAAGAAUCUCGUUUUGGGGGGUUUUCGCUUUUGGAGUAGUUUCGUUUUACGUUCUUUUACCAAGUCUCGUUCCAUUGGGUAUUAACAACCGAAACGACAUGUUUUCGGGUUCAAAACGUAACGACAAGUUUACCACCGGUCUGAUUAACAAUAGAAAUGACUGUUUUGCGAAUUCGUCUGUUCAAGCACUUGCUGGAUUGCCGAAAUUGACUCUUUAUCUGAACGACUUUCUCAAGCAGAUACAAUUUUUACGCACGCUUUUGGAACAGAAUGAUACGCGAAACGGCGAUGCAAUCGAUGGUGACGAGACACCUGCCGGUGCCGAGACGCCUGAGAGUAAUGAUGAACAUGAAAAUGCGACACCUGAUGGCACAGAACAUUAUGGUGUUCAACCGCAUCUGGUCCGUCCAAGUCUUCAAGCUCUCGCGAAAGAGAGUGGAGAUGCCUCGUUUUCGUCGACAGCUACGAUUACUGUGCUGUCGCAGGCUGGUCAUCAUGAAGAAGUGCGUUCCGGUCAACAAGAAGAAGGGCCUGCAAUUUCACAAGCGUCCAGUGACGAUAUCCCUGAAGUGCCCACCCACGAGGGUCUUUCGCAGAUCUUGUACCAACUACAGCAACUCGUUUCGUCGAACACCUAUAUCUCGGUGUGGCCGUUUUUACAUGUUUUGGAAUUAAUAUUCGACGCGAAGAUUUCAACGGGUCAGAACGACGCACACGAACUAACGCAGGUUAUCCUAGAAACUUUGGAAAAGGAAAAUGUUCGCGUGAGAAAAUUUAUCAAGGACCAGUCUUUGAACGUCAUUGUUCCUGACUUCCCCAUACGAGGGUCACUUGCGGAUCAUCUAAUCUGUCUACAAUGUCAAGAUUCGUCCAAAGUCAACACGCAUCCGUUCACGAUGUAUCCGAUCGUCGUUCCACAAGAAAUGACUGCUAACUUGGCCGAAAUGAUUGCGGAAAACCAAACCGAAACAAUCGAGGGCUAUUCUUGUCUUUGUUGUAAGAUCAAGGCAAUUGUAGCCAACGAACGGCAAAGAAAUUAUCAGGGAAACACUGAUGAAGAGAAUAAUAUAGUGAAGACCCUUGAGCGCGUAAUUCCAGAAGUUUUCAUUAACGACGAUUUGUCUGAAAAUCUGAUGCAAUACAUCAACGAUUACAACAAGGACGGAUGCGAUUCAAGUGCGAUUAAAUCUCGUAUUGUGAAGAAAACGGUGGUAGUUGACUCACCGGAACUACUAAUUUUGCAUUUGUCCCGGUCUGUGUUCAAUGGGAUGAGUUAUACACGGAAUUCCUGUAACGUGCUUUUUGAUGAGAUUCUCACAACCCAUGAGCAGACGAUCAAGGACAACAGAAGCGUGGGAAUGACUACAGUCAAAUACAAGCUGAAAAGUGUUAUAAAACACCAAGGCACACAUUCUCAGGGCCAUUACGAAUGUUACAGACACAAGCCAGAUAUCCUCAAAGACGCCCUCUCAGGUCAAAUUGUUAACAGAUCGCCUAUAAUCGAUUUUGGUAUGGAUUCAAAUCGUGCUGCGGCUUUCGCGUGGAAAGAAUCGGCCAACAGUGCAAUGUCUGACGCUUCCUCGAUUUCGUCUCAGGAAUCCGAAAAUUCUACGUCGAAUCCCUUCAGAACGGUUUUCCCAGAAUCUGACAAUAAGACACCGCUGAACAGUGCUGUAGUCGACGGCGACGACUACGUCAUUGGCAGUACUGACUCGUUACCCUCGAAUGAGCCCUCACGCAAACCUUCCAAAUUGAAAAGAUUUGCUGGAUUUCUGUCCCGACGUUCGUCGGUAGCGUCGAACAAUGACAACAGUAGCUCUGCCACGGGUUCAGAACCCACUAAGAAACCUGCUCGGAGCCGUGUCAACAGUAUCGCGUCAUUGCACAUGGCACGUUCAGAAUCGCAAGACUCAUCAGUAGGUGUAUCUUCGUCAGGCCUCGAUCUCACGGAAUACAGUGCAAGCGAGGACGACGCGGGUGGCAGCAAUAUAAAGCGUAAACUCAAGAAAAUCAAAAGCGUGAUCAAGUUCCCUUACUGGAAGAUUUCGGACGCCAUUGUCAAAGAAGCUAAAUCAAGUGAUGUCUUAAGCGAUACAAAAUACGUUUACAUGCUAUACUAUGAGCGGGUGGACGAGGAAAACGCUUGA